ACGGGCUGCAACAAAUGCGCUUUACUGCCCCUCUUCUUCGAAUAAGUCGCUGCCAGUUCUUUCGUUUAAGCGCCCUUACCUAAGACAAUUGCCGUGUACCGGUCGUUGAGCGCACCAGCAAAGAUGGUGCAUACUCAGUGAUGUUGGCCGUUCCUUUACGAGCUGAACGUGUUCAGAGAUCGUAAAAACUUUCAUUUUGAAGUUCAAUGCAGCGGUGAGCGCAUCUCAUAGAACGAUUUCAUACGCGUGGCAUGGCAUGCUCCGUCAUGGAGGAGCGGUCCUUUGCUCAACCGGUUUUGGUGCUCUUCUGGCGCACACUGUCCAGGAAUGCCUUCGUGGUACGCAUGCAACGAAAUGGCAGUUCUGCCGAAUGCGUGUUGUCCUCGCCAAGGUGCGCGAGCAGUUGUAUUGGCAGUCUACGGUCCACCAAACCGUAGGUACACCCGUUCCUGGCGCAUCACGCAAAUGUUCCUUUCUCCCCCAGCACCGAGCCGUAGAACGGCCCUUCACAUAAAAUUUCAAAUUUUUUUAUCCCUAAGAAAAUGCAUAAAUACUCCAUCCCCAUAGAGGACCCCGCCAACACCGUCCAUACGAAUGCAAAAUCGCUGCGCGUAAAGUUCAAGAACGCUCGCGAAGUGUCCGCGCAGCUCAAAAAGCUUACGCUCACACGUGCGGCGUCGUUCCUCAAGAACGUCAUCAACCGCAAGGACUGCAUCAAGGUGACGCGCUAUGCAAAGAAGUGCGGGAGGACCGCGCAGGCGAAGAAAUACGAGAAGGGCUCGAGCCGUGCCGACUCGCGCGGGAAGUGGCCGGUCAAGCCGUGCCAGGCAUUCAUAGGGUUGAUCAGCAAUUUGGUGACCGAGGCGGAGAAGAAGGGAAUUGAGCCGGAUGACCUUGUGAUUGUGCACUGCCAGGUUAACAAGGCGCCACAGAUCUACGGAAGGAUACAGCGCGCGUAUGGGCGUGUCAAUCCGUACAACACUAAGCCGUGCCAUGUUGAGAUUGUGGCGAUGAGGAAGCCGUUGGUGGUUGCUGAUGCCGAUUAAUUAAAUGUGGUCC